AUGCUUUCAGAAUGUCUCAUCUAUGUGAUUUUUUUCAAAGGAAGAUGCCAUAGUCCGGAUAAUUACGAAUGGACGCCGCUUUCCUAUCCCGCUACAUAUGAGGAGAAACAAUCACUCAUUGUUACAAAAAUCCAACAACUCAGGGAACAAAAUCGUGCGACUGAAAUCGCUGCAGGAAAGCUCACCAAAGAUCAAAUCGAGGCGGAGAAUACCUUUGAAGUUGGAGUAUGGGAACCGGUGGUUGUUGAGCUGACUAACGACGAGAAUAUGCCACCAACUUCGUUUACAGGUGGCGAUUCACUUGACACUGUAGUUGACAUUUCCGCACCCCUGGAACGAGGAGCUCGUCGCUCAUCAGCUAUUGUGGAAGAUUUCUUCAAACGGUUAUAUGAUGUAUAG